GGUGUUUUUUUUAAAAAUUUUGGAGUAAUGAAGUGACAGCACGCAGACCGAACGACUUUCAUUUGAAAUUGGACAUGAAAUUGAAUCCAACGGUGGUCCGUAUUGCAACACGUCACUCUCUCUCCCACGUACUUCGCCAACUCUUCCUCCCCGCCAUUUCUUCCCUCCCUAAAAACCAGCUCCUUCCAUCAAUUAUUCCAUACCCUCCGUUUCUCUCUCUCUCUACACCAGAAAAACAAUGCUUUCUUUCUCUCUCUUGUUACCCAUCUUCCAUCCCCUGUUUCUGUCAACCCGAUUUCACUCUCCGUUUUCUCCACACAUGCAUCCUAUCUUCGUCUUCACACCCUAGCAACAGACUUCGAUAGGAGCCUCCUUUCUUUUUCUUUAGGCGAUCAUGAGCAGGAAAAAGGCAAAUGGCGGUUUCUCUGGGCUUGUUCUAGUGUUCUCUGUGCUUGUAUCGAGCUUUCUGUUCGUCGCUGGGCAAGAUGCCAAGCAGAUCAACAAUCCAGCGGCGCUCGACAUUUUCUCCGAGCUUCUCAAUAACCAAAUCAAGAAUUUCACUGCCAUUUUUAAGGGUGACAUUAAAAAGAACUUUGGUUUCUGCAUAACUGAUGUGGAUGCUGAGUAUAAUGCAGCUUUCAAUUUCUCGAAAGACAUUGGCUUUAUUUCGGCUUGUAGUCGAAAGACAAAAGACAUUAUGCAGAGGAUAUGCACGGCCGCAGAAGUGAAGUACUAUUUCAGUAGUUUGUUCGUGAGUGAGGCGUUACAGAAAACCAAUUACUUGAAACCUAAUAAGAACUGUAAUCUGUCCACGUGGGUUUCUGGUUGUGAGCCUGGCUGGGCCUGUAGUUCUGGCUCAAGCAAGGUUGACCUUAAAAAUUCAAAAGAUAUGCCUGUUAGAACUUCUGACUGCGCAGCUUGUUGUGAGGGUUUCUUCUGCCCUCAUGGUCUUACUUGCAUGAUUCCUUGUCCGUUAGGUGCUUACUGCCCUCUUUCAAAACUCAAUAAAGUUUCUGGUGUUUGUGAGCCAUAUCAUUAUCAGCUACCUCCUGGCCAGUCAAACCAUACUUGUGGAGGAGCAGACACUUGGGCUGAUGUUUUGAGUACUAGUGAGGUAUUCUGUUCGGCAGGAUCAUACUGUCCGUCUACUGUCAAAAAAAUUCCUUGCAGUAGUGGGCAUUACUGCAGGACAGGGUCUACGUCUCAGCAAGCAUGUUUCCGGAUGGCAACUUGUGAACCUAGAUCAGCAAAUCAGAAUAUUACUGCCUAUGGGGUCCUGAUUUUUGCUGGAUUGAGUUUCAUUCUUCUCAUUAUAUUUAACUGUUCUGAUCAAGUCCUUGCAACACGAGAGAAAAGACAAGCAAAGUCCAGGGAAAAGGCUGUCCAAAGUGUACGAGAAACUGCACAAGCACGUGAAAAAUGGAAAUCUGCAAAAGACAUUGCUAAGAAGCAUGCAAUUGGACUACAAAGUCAGCUUUCACGCACAUUUUCUCGCAAAAAAUCUUCAAAUCUUAAAAGCUUUGGACUAGGUAGACAUGGAACAGAUUCUACCUUGCCACCUCUGCCAUUACACGGUACAUCAUCUCAGCAAGCAUCAUCAAAAGGCAAGAAAAACGAUAAAAACAACCUUGUGAACAUAAUUAAAGACAUUGAGCAAGACCCAGAUAGUCACGAAGGAUUUAACGUGGAGAUAGGCGAUAAAAAUAUUAAAAAGCAUGCGCCAAAGGGCAAACAGUUGCAUACUCAAAGUCAAAUUUUCAAGUACGCAUACGGUCAAAUUGAGAAGGAAAAGGCUUUACAGGAGCAGAAUAAGAACUUAACUUUCUCUGGGGUUAUUUCAAUGGCUAGUGAUAUUGAUAUCAGGAAGAGACCUACAAUUGAGGUUGCAUUUAAAGAUUUAACCCUUACUUUGAAAGGGAAAAACAAACAUCUUAUGAGGUGUGUGACUGGGAAAAUAUCACCAGGCCGAGUUUCAGCUGUCAUGGGUCCUUCCGGGGCUGGAAAAACCACUUUUCUUUCUGCUUUGGCUGGUAAAGUCACUGGCUGCACCAUGAGUGGUAUGAUUCUCAUAAAUGGAAAGGUGGAAUCGAUCCAUUCAUACAAAAGAAUCAUAGGUUUUGUACCACAAGAUGAUAUUGUGCAUGGAAAUUUGACGGUAGAGGAGAAUCUCUGGUUCAGCGCGAGAUGCAGACUCUCAGCAGACCUACCAAAACCUGAAAAGGUUCUGGUUGUUGAAAGAGUUAUUGAGUGCUUGGGUCUGCAGGCAGUGCGGGAUUCCUUGGUUGGGACAGUGGAGAAGCGGGGAAUAUCUGGAGGCCAAAGGAAGCGAGUAAAUGUUGGUCUUGAAAUGGUCAUGGAACCUUCACUUCUGAUUUUAGAUGAACCCACUUCUGGGUUGGAUAGUUCCUCUUCUAAUUUACUUCUCAAGGCACUAAGGCGUGAAGCUCUUGAAGGAGUGAAUAUUUGCAUGGUUGUCCACCAACCAAGCUACACCCUGUUUAGGAUGUUUGAUGAUUUGAUACUUUUAGCUAAAGGAGGACUUACAGUGUAUCAUGGAUCGGCAAAGAAAGUUGAAGAGUACUUUUCUGGCCUUGGGAUUAAUGUCCCUGAGCGUGUCAAUCCUCCAGACUAUUUUAUUGACAUUUUAGAGGGCAUAGUAAAACCACAGACAAGCACAGGGGUGACAUAUAAACAACUUCCUGUAAGAUGGAUGCUUCAUAAUGGAUACCCCGUUCCAAUGGACAUGCUCCAAAGUGCUGAUGGAAUGGCUGCAUCAGCAGGUGAAAAUUCUGCACAUGGAGCAAGUACGCCAGGUGCUGGAUCUGAUGGACAGUCUUUUGCUGGGGAACUUUGGGAGGAUAUGAAGUGUAAUGUUGAAAUGAAGAAGGACACUAUACAACAAAAUUUUUUGAAGUCUAGCGACUUAUCCAACAGAAAAACCGCUAGUUGGUUUCAACAAUAUAGAUACUUCCUCGGAAGGGUUGGUAAGCAGCGAUUACGAGAAGCUAGGCCACAAGCUGUAGAUUUUCUGAUUCUUUUGCUCGCUGGAAUCUGCUUAGGAACACUUGCUAAAGUGAGCGAUGAAACCUUUGGGUCACUUGGUUAUACUUAUACCGUCAUAGCAGUAUCUCUUUUAUGCAAGAUUUCAGCAUUGAGAUCGUUCUCAUUGGAUAAGCUGCACUAUUGGAGAGAAAGCGCUUCUGGCAUGAGUAGCUUGGCUUACUUCCUUUCCAAAGAUACCGUUGAUCAUUUCAAUACACUAAUCAAGCCUCUAGUAUAUCUUUCCAUGUUCUAUUUCUUUAACAAUCCUAGAUCAUCUUUCACAGAUAAUUACAUAGUGUUGGUCUGUCUGGUUUACUGUGUGACUGGUAUAGCGUACGCCUUGGCCAUAUUUCUUGAUCCUGGACCAGCCCAACUGUGGUCAGUGCUUCUUCCUGUGGUCUUGACUCUUAUAGCAACCAAUACUAAUCACAACAAAUUUGUCGAUGGACUAUCUAACUUGUGCUACACAAAAUGGGCUUUGGAAGCUUUUGUGAUUGCCAAUGCUAAAAGGUAUUCAGGAGUCUGGCUGGUAACAAGAUGUGGUUCACUCAUGGCAAGCGGCUAUGAUCUGAAUCACUGGUAUCGUUGUUUGGUCUUGCUCAACCUUACAGGACUAAUUAGUCGUUUUGUUGCAUUCUUUUGUAUGGUAACCUUCCAAAAGAAGUAGAAUCAAGUCCUUCCAAUCCACUUUCUGUACAUAAGUGAAGACUUCAGUUCCCAAAAGUUUCUUCCUGGAGGCAUUGGACCUCUCAGGUCUCAGCUAUUCAUACCAAUAGAGAAAUAAUUAUGUGACUAAUGCUUGUUGUUCACUUGUAAAUGUAAAAAAAAAAAAGAAAAAGAAAACUAUAAUGACUCUGGUUUCUCCAGCAUUGUGAAUAUCUCAGGUGCCAGUACCACACUUUGGAUAGUUUAUUAAGGUUUGGCAUUUUGGGACCGCGACAAUUAUGUUGAUUGUAUAGAGGAUGAAAACUAUCGAAGGUUGCUUUAGAAAAUUUUGUAUUUCCCAUUGAAUUGUAAGGGGUUGUUUAUGCACUAGGCUCCAUAUUAAUUUUAAUGUUAUGAUUAUUUUGGUUGAAAA